ACAUUAGUUUACCUUGUUAUUAUUUUAUGUUUAAUGUUUUUUUGUAGAUAAUAAUAAAGUUUUGUAUCUACUAGACUGUUACUCUUAAGAGAACUGAUGAAAGUACCAAAAACAGUACCUAGUAGAAGGUUGGCAAUAUUACACACCGAUGAUGUAGUGCUGAUGAAAACCAAGAGUAAUAUUUAUCUUGAUAUGUCUCUCUAUUAGGCAAGUCUUUAGUUUAGGUUAGGUCAGGUUAGGUCAGGUUAGGUUAGGUCAGGUUAGGUUAGAUUUGUUUUAAAAAUAAGGUGCCGGUAAUUCACCUUGAAGAAACUACGUGUAAAACUACUCAAACUUAAGCUGAAAAGUUCAUUAAUAAACUGUCAAAUAUACGGGUAGGUUCCUUGAAGCUUAGUGUUUAACCUAUCUGGAUGACUGGUAACAUGAACGAUAAGUCUAACUAAAGAAGAACCACUUACUAGAUAACAUAUUUAGUGCAUAGUUCUCCUAAGUUCAAUUUUACUUAAGGCAACACAUCAGGCAGGAAAGAAGAUUUACUUGAGCAGAACCAUUGUCUUUUAACGUACACUGUGCUGGAAAAUAGUUUAUACGAGUUUCAUAGCGCUAUAUUUUUUUUUUCACCAUGGCGCUAUGAGGUUGUUUGGUCAUCUGCCCUACCUCAUGUUAGUUAUUCACGUGACUCAUUAAACUGUAGCUAGGUAGUAGGGAUAUAUUAUGUAGUAUCUAUAUACAGGUGUGUCAUUAUAAACUAUACAACUUGUAGUUCUGACUAUACUUGUAGCUGUAUUUAUACUUGUAGUUCUGCCUGUACUUGUAGCUGUGUUUAUACUUGUAGUUCUGGCUGUACUUGUAGCUAUGUUUGUACUUGUAGUUCUAGCUGUACUUGUAGCUGUAUUUGUACUUGUAGUUCUGGCUGUAGUUGAAGCUGUGUUUGUACUUGUAGUUCUAGCUGUAGUUGUAGCUGUGUUUGUACUUGUAGUUCUAGCUGUACUUGUAGCUGUGUUUAUACUUGUAGUUCUGCCUGUACUUGUACUUGUAGUUCUGCCUGUACUUGUAGCUGUAUUUGUACUUGUAGUUCUGGCUGUAGUUGAAGCUGUGUUUGUACUUAUAGUUCUAGCUGUACUUGUAGCUGUGUUUGUACUUGUAGUUCUAGCUGUACUUGUAGCUGUGUUUGUACUUGUAGUUCUAGCUGUACUUGUAGCUGUGUUUGUACUUGUAGUUCUGGCUGUACUUGUAGCUGUGUUUGUACUUGUAGUUCUAGCUGUACUUGUAGCUGUGUUUGUACUUGUAGUUCUAGCUGUACUUGUAGGUGUGUUUGUACUUGUAUUUAUGCUUGUACUACCUAAAGUUUUACUCGUACUUCUAUUUCGGCACAUUCUUAACCCUGUGCUUGCUUGUAUUAGCCUCUCACAUAUAGACACAUUAAUAUUAUAUAAAUAUGGGCUAAUGACAUAUAUUCAUUAUAUACAUUCUAUCACCCAGACUAUUGAGCAUACAGCUACGUAAACAUUUGUUCUGUCACACCUUCUCGGGUGGACAGUCCAUAAAACUACAGACUCAACCCUCAGUGUGUGGGUAGGCUGUUUAGUUAAUGGCCGUGUUGGAGUGUGGCAACUCUCCAACCACCAGUCACCAGACUCAAGAGAGCUCAGCCCAGUUCUCACCAGUUCACAGCCUGACACGAUACCCUAAAGUCGUGUCGUGAGACCAGCUCUCCAGGCUGUACCUCUCUAAAUAUAUAAGCUAAUUAGAAGCUAAUAGCUAAUGCUCAUUAGUCUGUCAAUACCAAAUAAUUGAACAGACAUUACUACCAAAUAUACAGUAAUUAGAAAUUCAUCACGUGUGUUUACAUUAAACCAAGAAACAAGGAGUGAAGAGAACAUUACCCAGGGCAGCUGUGACGACUUCAACUAUCAACCAAUCUAAGACUGCAACAAAAGUUACAUGCCGUGAGAUUAUCUGAUAUCUCACUCAGCAGCAUCAAAGAAUGGCCUCCCUCGUGUAUCAACGUCUGAAGAUGAAGUAUGGUCAACUCCUGUGCCUCUGUGUGCUGCUCAUCUCCGUCUGGAUCUUGACCAACAAAUCAGGGACGACUCAACGCCUUAAUGAGAUAUUCAUUACCAAGACUUCCAUGGACUUGAAGGGAAAGGCUCCCCAGCCUGAGCGAGUCCUGACAGACGCUACCUACCAAGGGGCAGCCCAGGAUGACCCAGCACUGGUCACCUACGUCCGUCACCUCAUGAAACCUCCUUCCACUCUGCGGUACAACCUCACUCAUCCAGAAAAACAACAUUUCUCACAGUAUCGCCAAACUCAACACGCUGAUGCAACUUAUUUCCAUGGCAAGAGAGAGGGCUUCUUCGUGGAGGUGGGUGCCGUGGAUGGUGAAACCCUGAGCAACUCCCUGUACUUGGAGAGAAACCUCGGUUGGUCGGGGCUUCUCAUCGAGGUGUUCCAGACAACAUAUAAAACGCUCCUCCAGAAACACCGAAAAGCUUACUCCAUUAACGCAGCUUUAUCUUUCAACACCUCCUCCACCGAAGUCAGAUAUGUAAAACGCGGUACACUGGGCGUGUUAGGUCGCACCUUCCCGGACCGCGGGGAGAGGAUUCAGGCCAUUCCUCUGUACACCAUGUUGCUGGCUCUUAAUACUACAGUCAUUGAUUUCUUCAGUCUCGACAUUGAAGGGGGUGAGAUGAAGGUGUUGAUGACUAUCCCUUGGGACAAAGUCAAGGUUGGAGUCUUGGUGGUCGAGUCGAACCUUAUACCUGAAGGUCGGAAGUUCUUGGUGGACUAUAUGACCAGCAAGGGCUACAAGUUAGCUGGCCACAGAGGCAUCGACUCGUGGUUCAUUCUUCCCGAACUUGUGAACCAAUACCCCAAGAAGCAUUAGAACUAUUAAAUUGUGUGUCAUUAUAAACUAUACAACUUGUAGUUCUGCCUGUACUUGAAGCUGUGUUUGUACUGCUAGUUCUGACUGUACUUGUAGCUGUGUUUGUGCUUGUAGUUCUGGCUGUACUUGUAGCUGUGUUUGUGCUUGUAGUUCUGCCUGUACUUGUAGCUGUGUUUGUGCUUGUAGUUCUGCCGGUACUUGUAGCUGUGUUUGUACUUGUAUUUAUGCUUGUACUACCUAAAGUUUUACUCGUACUUCUAUUUCGGCACAUUCUUAACCCUGUGCUUGCUUGUAUUAGUCUCUCACAUAUAGACACAUUAAUAUUAUAUAAAUAUGGGCUAAUGACAUAUAUUCAUUAUAUACAUUCUAUCACCCAGACUAUUGAGCAUACAGCUACGUAAACAUUUGUUCUGUCACACCUUCUCGGGUGGACAGUCCAUAAAACUAGAGACUCAACCCUCAGUGUGUGGGUAGGCUGUUUAGUUAAUGGCCGUGUUGGAGUGUGGCAACUCUCCAACCACCAGUCACCAGACUCAAGAGAGCUCAGCCCAGUUCUCACCAGUUCACAGCCUGACACGAUACCCUAAAGUCGUGUCGUGAGACCAGCUCUCCAGGCUGUACCUCUCUAAAUAUAUAAGCUAAUUAGAAGCUAAUAGCUAAUGCUCAUUAGUCUGUCAAUAUCAAAUAAUUGAACAGACAUUACUACCAAAUAUACAGUAAUUAGAAAUUCAUCACGUGUGUUUACAUUAAACCAAGAAACAAGGAGUGAAGAGAACAUUACCCAGGGCAGCUGUGACGAUUUCAACUAUCAACCAAUCUACGACUGUAUCAAAGGUGACCUCAUCAAAGGUACCAGCGACUACCCUACACUCAUUCAGGCAAGUUUUAACAAGUGAGACAGUUCAAUAUGAAACCACAGCCCAAACAUCCUUCCUGGAGUAUUGUAUAAUAAAAUACCACAAGUUUCAA